AGUUUUUGUUCACUGGUGCUGAGAAAUGAUCUGAGACCUCAGGGGGAGGGUAGCAUCGAGCCUACUUGUGAAGUUACCUCUUCCUGGGCUAGCCUUGCCUUCCCACAGCUCCAGCUGUAGGUGCUUUUUUUCUUCCUCUGUGCAAACCCAAGCAAUCUAGAAGCAUGUCCCUGCAAGGAGGUGCUGGCACACCAAGGUGCUCUGUGCUAGCUGGAGCAGUGGCAGCGUGCCUCAAGUGCACCUGGGCUGUGUAGAGGCAGGUCUUGUGCAGACUUGCUGUGUUUGUCUUGGAUGAGAAUAGAGGCAUUCAGGUGUGGUGUAGGUUAAACAUGACUCCAGUGUCUCAGAGCUGUUGCAGCUGGAUCCAUGUUACUCAGAGGAUCUCCGUGCCAUACUCUGUUUUGGAGGUCAGAUGUGGUUUCAGUUUCCAUGAUGGUUCAUGUCUCCAGUAGUAGCUGUCAUCCUUUUGUCAAUCAGGCUCACAUGUUUAGAGGACAGGAAACGUAGACUUCCUGCAGUGAAAGAUGUCUUGAUGAAACCUUUAAAAGCUAUUAGAAGGAAGAGCAGAAAGCCUCUGUGAAAUACACCAUUUUCAGCAGCAAAAAUUUGGAUGAGACUGUGUCUGGGCAGUGACUUCUGAUUUCUCCAAGUGAGGUUAUGAAGCUGAACUUGAAAAAUCUUCUGUCAGGUUUACAAAUAAUUACAAAAAGCACCCGUGGAUACAGAAGAAUACAAAGGCUCUAUAUUAUUUCAGUGCUGGGGGGGAACCAGUUCAGUUUCAGUUCCCUUGGGGGAACAGGUGUCAUGCAUUAUUUUACCUCUCUUCAGCUUCCAGAAUGCGUGGUGUUUGCAUGUCUUCUGAAAAUGCAGUUCCCACCAACGGAUUUGUCCCGGUGUCUCAGGCCAGUGAGUGCUGACAGGAUUGAGCUCUGCCUUCAGCAGCAGCAUCUCUCUCUGCACUGCUCUGUCUGUCACAUGGACACAAGCCUUUGUGUAGCUGCUUUUGAUCUGUGGUAGGGAAGGAGGCUGAAAAGGAUCUCUACCAAGAAAACAAAAGGCAGCUGUGGGGGGAGAUUCACCACCUCGCUGCCCAGUGGGGCUGUUUGCCAAACUCAAGUCGGCAGAAGUGGUCCCCAAGCACAGCUUGGGGAGUGGAGUAGUGUGACAUGAACCAGCGUGAAGAAACUGUGUGUCUGUCAUAGCCUUCCCUCAGUACUGAUAACUUCUGGUUAUGUGGAAGUUGAGGCAGAUGUCACCCGUGCCCUACAGGAAGGUACGACUUGCCCUGUGCUGUACUAAUGAGUUAGUGACAGAUGGAGCUGUAAUGUCAGGCUUGAGAAUAAAUAGGGAGGGAGUCUAGCUGUUGGAUUUCAGCACUGUCCUCACAGUUACUUUCUGUUUUCUGACUGUGCAAGUCCACUCCUGGCUAUAUUCUUUCAACAACGUCUUAACAAGGCAAUUAGAUCCCAGAGCAUUCUUCACCAGCAGCCAAACACUGCUCUCAUGACUUCAUCACCAGUCUAUGGCCAGACAGUGCAAAGAAAAAUGACCUAAUCACCAUCCAGCCCUUGUGGCCAAGGCAGGAGCAAGGGUAGGCCUGCCAGGAACAUGGCUUUGCCUGGAAGCUUACGGAGGCAGCCUGUAAACAGAGGCCUUGUGUCCCAUUGCACCCACCAUCAUAUUGUUGUGUUCCUGCUGACCUUCUUCAGUUAUUCCCUGCUCCAUGCUUCCAGAAAGACAUUCAGUAAUGUCAAAGUCAGCAUUUCCAGCCAGUGGACUCCCUCCUGCCUUAACAGCACGGCCCCUGAGCUCCGGCCAUAUGAGCUCUGGAACAGCAACCGGUUAUUUCCAAAUCAAGAAGAAGCAACUCUCUUCCUGGGGACAUUGGACACUAUCUUCUUGUUUUCCUACGCUGUGGGUCUCUUUGUCAGCGGCAUAGUUGGGGAUCGCCUGAAUUUGCGCUGGGUUUUGUCUUUUGGCAUGUGUUCCUCUGCUCUGGUGGUGUUCUUCUUUGGCACACUCACAGAAUGGCUGCAUUUCUACAACAAGUGGUUCUACUGCUGUCUCUGGGUUGUGAAUGGCUUGCUGCAGUCCACUGGCUGGCCCUGCGUGGUUGCUGUCAUGGGAAAUUGGUUUGGAAAAGCUGGGAGAGGUUUUGUUUUUGGACUCUGGAGUGCCUGUGCAUCCGUGGGAAAUAUCCUUGGGGCAUUCCUUGCCUCCUGUGUUCUCCAGUAUGGCUAUGAGUAUGCUUUCCUGGUGACUGCCUCGGUACAGUUUGCUGGAGGAGUCAUUGUGUUCUUCGGGCUCCUGACGUCACCGAAGGAAGUGGGCCUCCCUGAGCUUGGAGCAGAUGAAGAUGCCGUUGUGGAAGAAGAUGCCAACAGACCUUUAAUGGGCAGUGAUGACGCAGAUGAUGAUGACAGGAAUUACUCUAUUCAAGCAACUGACACUGACAACCAGCCGAAGGCCAUUGGAUUUUUCCAGGCUUGUUGCCUUCCUGGAGUAGUACUGUACUCUUUGGCCUAUGCCUGCCUGAAACUGGUGAAUUACUCAUUCUUCUUCUGGCUGCCCUUCUACCUCAGCAACAACUUUGGAUGGAAAGAAGCAGAAGCUGACCAGCUCUCAAUCUGGUAUGAUGUGGGAGGAAUCAUAGGUGGGACUAUCCAGGGCUUGAUUUCUGAUGUGCUGCAGAAGAGAGCCCCAGUGCUAGCAAUUAGCCUGCUUUUUGCUGUGGGCUCUCUCUUUGGAUACAGCCGUUCCCCAAACAGCAAACCUAUCAAUGCUGUGAUCAUGGCAAUUACAGGAUUUUUCAUCGGAGGCCCUUCUAACAUGAUCAGUUCUGCAAUUUCUGCUGACCUGGGGCGCCAAGAUCUGGUGAAAGGCAACAGUGAGGCUCUGGCAACAGUCACAGGAAUUGUGGAUGGAACUGGCAGUAUUGGUGCUGCAGUGGGCCAGUAUCUAGUGUCUUUGAUCCAGGAGAACCUGGGGUGGAUGUGGGUUUUCUAUUUCUUCAUUCUAAUGACGAGUUCAACAAUCCUGUUCAUUUCACCGCUGAUAGUGAGGGAGAUCAGGCUGCUUCUGCAUGAGCGGCGCCUGCGAAUGCUGGCAGAGUGACUUCUGCUUGCCUCUGGAAGGACUGUUGUAUGGAACUGACAGCUGGAACUCUAAUCAAAACUCCGGGAGACUUGUUUCUUACAUCCUCCAGGUCUGGACUAAUUCAAAAUGGCUCUAUAAGACUUGACUGACUUGCCUUUGGUGAGCUCAGUGGUGAGGUACCGAAUACCCGUCCUGAGACCACCUGCGUCAUGGAGCUGCUGACCUAAGCCAGACAAUCCAUGGGACUGACGGAUUGUCCCAGACUCUUCCAUGCCAGCAGCCGCACUCGGUUCUUCUGAUGGGUGGUCUCACUACUAUACCCUUUCUUAUUUAUUUCUGGAUGUGCUGACCAAAGGUCAGCUGUUUAAAACUGACGGUUUUUGAGAGGCUGCCUUGCAGUGAAUUCUGAUGCUCUGUCGUGCUGGUGAAAUCAUCCAGUGCAGUUCAUGGGUAGGCUAAAUUUACGAUCACUGAAGCUUUUAGAAAGGGCAAAAGUAAUUAUUUGGAAUUUACACAGUAAUUUUUGUUUAAAAACUGCUGUUGCUAAAUCUGUGCACAGAUGGACCUCUGCUAUCCCUAGCUAUUAAUUUUUACAUAUUCUAGUAGAGUCACAUGGAGAAGUCACCUCCAUAUUUGUUUUUAGCAAUUUUUAAUACUGUAACUAAUCUGAGAAAUGAGAUUUCAUUUUUUUUUAACUAUUUAAGCAGACAAAUAGUGUGCAAUACUUUACUAUGAUCUCUGAAAUAAGCCUUAAUAGAUCCUUUGUGUCUAAAGGAUACUUGAGUGGCUUCAGGGUUCAGUUAUGGGACACUUUCACUACAGCUUUGUCUAUUGAACCUGAUCAAUACUGACCAAAAUGGGUCUGUCAGGUGACCCUCUGAAGGAAACUGAUGUCACUGACUUCAUACUUCUUGGACAAUUGCUCAUCUCUAGCAACGAAGGACCAGAAUGGAAUUAAAGGAAUUUAAGGGACCUGGCUGCUCUUGGACAUAGGCUUCCAGACAGGGACUGAAGUGUUCUCGUGGAAUAGCAUUUAUGAGCAACUGCUGCUGUGUUUCCUCCAUGCUACUCUGCCUACAGCUGUUUAGGGGACCUCAAGCUCCAGGGUUUGAAAGCUUGAGCUGUGUAUCUUGAAGGGAAAGGUAGAGGCAAAUCAGCAUUAAAAAACAUGUGGCUACACUUAGUGUGGUGGUGUUUGAGUGCUUUGCAGUGCUGCAGGAGGUAGGGUGACCGACUGACACCUCUGACAUUUGUUGGUGAUGUCAAAGGGAUCGCCGAGUAAGUUCUCAACAAAUUGUUUUCUGCUCAUGCCUCGGAUGUUUCAUUGUAAUAGGUAUGUGUUAACCUGCAGAACUUCUGACCAAACACAUGGGAUGGGGAUGGGCGACAGCAAAAUUCUUGGAGCUGAGAAUUUGAAACUUUUUAAAUGGGAACAGUUGCCUUUUUGACUUGUACAGUGAUUUUAUUUUAUUUUUUAAUUGAUGAAUGUCAGUUUUUAGUCAUGUGUUGAUUGUAAUGAGAGGAACAUCAUUAGUGCCUUACGGUUUUAGAGUAUUGAACAGUUGCUUGGUGAUUGCUGCUUCUGCAGUGAUGUCUCCAUGCAGCUUUGCUUAAUGUGAAACUCGGUUGCCCCAUUUUGUACUUUUUUUGGGAGUCUUUCUUUCUUUCUUAAUGUAGGUGAUUCUUGCAUCUUUCUGCUAACCCUCAAAAAAUUUUAGUGCUUGGGAAAAUGAUGCCAUUAAGCUGCUGUGGGACCUGAAUCUUGUUCUUGUUUCUUCUCAUUCCCAUUCCAAUUUUUGCCUGUAUAAUUAGAGCAGGAGACUGAGAAUCUAUCAUCCUGUUCUCAGAAUUACGCCCUGGGGUUAGUGUUCACAUCCCAAGCUACUCAUUAGCCCCUGUACAAAUAGAAUGAAAACUCCCUGAAAUUUACUUCUAAAAUUGAUGGCGGCACCGUUUGCCCCAGCCAUGGCGUCUGAGAAUCUCUGGUUUCAAAUUCCAACCUGGAUGAGCUUUUCGGUCGUCUGGGCAGUAGAUAAGCUGCUGAUGAAAGGUUGGGUGGGAAAGGGACGUCGCCAGGGUCAGGGGGGAGGAGAGGCCAGCCCCUGUAACAAAUGGCUUCCUGUAAACAGUUCUGUCCCCUCUGGAGAAGUGUCAGAUAUGAUGCGAGCACUGCAAGCACAGGCAGCCCAGCCGCUGCAUCCAAGUGCACGGCGGUGCUUUGAGGCCACCCGCAAUUAGGGAGGCUUGCCUGUGGCUUCGGGAUCGUUGUUGUUGUUGUCCUCGUUGUCCUGGGUUUUUGGUUCUGUGGAUUUCCUCAAGGUGCUCGGAUGGAGAACAGUUUUCAAUCUGGUCAUGUCCAAACUGAUCUCACGUGAAUAAACUUACUUUGACUUGA